AAGCUCGUACAGACUGACCUGUGUAGCUGGUGAUGGUGUGGUGCCUCAAGACACUUGGGUAGCGCGGGCUACUGAACUGCCCACGUUCGUGCAUUGUGUUCAUCGUUCAUGAUAUUUUACCGGAAAGACUGGGCAGGAUAUCUGGAUCCCGACAAUGCGGUGCUUCUCGGCUACUGCGUUCGUUUUAUUUUUGUGCUGUCAUUUACGCCACAGUGCACGAGACAAUGGCGCUCAAGGAAGUGCAGGACUGCAGCUGACGAUUCUACACACUAACGACAUCCACUCGCACAUCGUCCCGAGCUCUAAAGAUGGCGGUCUAUGCACCGCUAAUAAGAGUCAGUGCUAUGGAGGUGUUGCCAGGAUUACGCACAAAGUAAAAGAGUUGAAGAAGAAUCAUAAAAACGCAAUGUUUAUGAAUGCUGGAGAUUUCUAUCAAGGAACUGCUUGGUACAACAUACUCAAAUACAACAUAGUUUCUGCCGUUAUGGAGAAAAUGGGCUACGAUUAUGUGUGUUUAGGAAAUCAUGAAUUUGACGAUGGACCAAAAGGACUUGCCCCAUUUUUACUCCGUAUGCAAGCAGCCAACAUUUCUGUCAUCAACACCAACGCAGACUUUUCGAAAGAAGAUGCACUAAAGAAUAUUACACUUCCGAAAUCUGUGACAAAAAUUAUAAAUGGAACGAAAAUUGGCAUUGUUGGAGCAGUGCUUCAUGAAACUCGAGAGCUUUCGAGUCCAGGUAACGUCACAUUCAGCAAUGAUCUGGAGAGCAUCAGGAAUGAAUCCAGGAAACUUGCUCAGAACGGCACACAGAUUAUAAUCGCCAUCACUCACAUUGGCUAUCUCCAUGAAAUGGAAAUUGCGGCACAGGUGGAAGAAGUGGACAUAGUUGUCGGAGGCCACACGAAUACAUUUUUGUAUCACGUGCAAACGUUUCCUGGUGGAGACAAGAUCGAAGGUGACUAUCCAACAGUAGUGAACAAAACUAGCGGCAACGGUCAAGCUCUCGUCGUCCAAGAUUUCUGGUUCGGAAAGUAUCUCGGAUUUCUUCAAGUCACGUUCGACGCAAAUGGAAAUGUCACGAACUGGACCGGGAACCCCAUUCUCAUAAAUGGAUCCGUCGAAGAAGAUGAAGAAGUUUUGAAUAUUACCCUUGAGUUUGAGCCCUUGAUCAACAAAUCGAUUGCCGACGUCAUCGGUUACACGAAGGUACUACUCGAGGAAGACGGAGACAUCUGCCGCUUGCGCGAGUGCAACCUGGGCAACCUACUGACGGAUGCGUACUACUCACACUACGUUGACAAGAGCACCUCUACUCCUGCAAUGUGGUCAGACGUGAACGCAGCUGUUCUGAACGGAGGCUCCAUCAGGGCGCCUAUUGAACAAGGGAACAUAACUCUCGGUGACAUCAUGCAGACCGCGCCGUUCGGACAAACCAUCGUCAUUGUAACGCUUUAUGGCUAUGAACUUAAAAACAUGUUCGAGCACUCCGUCGGGAAUUACAGCUUCUUGAAGAAAAAAGGGGAAUUUCUACAAGUUUCUGGUGUACGUGUUGUGUACAAUUUGACAAUGCCUCCAAACAGCCGCGUUGUGUCGGUGCACAUACUUUGCACAAACUGUACGGUGCCUGUCUACAAGCCUCUGGAAGAGUGCGAAGUAUACAGAGUCGUCACCACCGACUUCGUUGCCAGAGGUGGGGACGGAUUCCAGAAGGCAAAAAACGUUACCGAUGGAGGGCCUUUGGAUCUUGAUGUACUAAGGGAUUACAUAAUCAAAAUUUCACCGGUGAAGACGCCCGUGGAAGGUCGUAUCACGAUCCACGGAAAUAUAACCGAAGACCCUGAUGCUAAAAAGGCGACGAAACGCUGACACAAGUAAAGGUGUUCGUCAACGAAGAGACGGGAAGAGCGAAAAUGAACAAUUCGUGUG